GGGAAAUUGUCGAAUUGUGGUUUCUAGUCCCUCCCGACUUUCCGUUCUUCCAGGCCCGGCUGACUGAGAUACCCGAGGCCGCCAUAUUGAAUAAGAAACCCGGCCUCUGAAGGAGACGGCAGGUAGGAGACAAUUCUGCAGGGCAGCCUCGGCGGCGCCAGGGAGAAGUAAUUCAGCAAAUCCUUUAGAGAGGGCUCCUCAACUGCAAAUCUGUUGACACUUUAGCAAUAUGUUAAGGAUACCUGUAAGAAGGGCCUUAGUGAGCCUUUCUAAGUCUCCUAAAGGAUGUGUUCGAACAACUGCCACAGCAGCAAGCAACUUGAUUGAAGUAUUUGUUGAUGGUCAGUCUGUCAUGGUGGAACCAGGAACUACCGUCCUCCAAGCUUGUGAGAAGGUUGGCAUGCAGGUCCCUCGAUUCUGUUAUCAUGAAAGGUUGUCUGUUGCUGGAAACUGCAGGAUGUGCCUUGUUGAAAUUGAGAAAGCUCCUAAGGUUGUAGCUGCUUGUGCCAUGCCAGUAAUGAAAGGUUGGAAUAUCCUGACAAACUCAGAGAAAACUAAGAAAGCCAGGGAAGGUGUGAUGGAGUUCCUACUAGCAAAUCACCCACUGGAUUGUCCUAUUUGUGACCAGGGAGGUGAAUGUGAUCUGCAGGACCAGUCCAUGAUGUUUGGAAGUGAUAGGAGCCGGUUUUUAGAGGGGAAACGUGCUGUGGAGGACAAGAACAUUGGGCCAUUGAUAAAAACCAUUAUGACUAGAUGUAUACAGUGUACUCGGUGCAUCAGAUUUGCAAGUGAGAUUGCAGGAGUAGAUGAUCUGGGAACAACAGGCAGAGGAAAUGAUAUGCAAGUUGGCACAUACAUUGAAAAGAUGUUCAUGUCUGAACUUUCUGGGAAUAUCAUUGACAUCUGCCCUGUAGGUGCCCUGACCUCUAAGCCCUAUGCCUUUACUGCUCGGCCUUGGGAAACAAGAAAGACAGAAUCCAUUGAUGUAAUGGAUGCAGUUGGAAGUAAUAUUGUGGUCAGCACAAGAACUGGAGAGGUAAUGAGGAUUUUGCCAAGGAUGCAUGAGGACAUCAAUGAAGAGUGGAUCUCUGAUAAAACCAGAUUUGCCUAUGAUGGGCUAAAACGUCAAAGACUUACCGAGCCGAUGGUCAGAAAUGAAAAGGGGCUUUUAACAUAUACCACCUGGGAGGACGCACUCUCUCGUGUAGCUGGAAUGUUGCAGAGUUUUCAAGGCAACGAUGUGGCAGCAAUUGCAGGUGGCUUGGUGGAUGCUGAAGCCCUAGUAUCUCUCAAAGAUUUACUUAAUAGAGUGGACUCUGACACCCUAUGCACUGAAGAGGUGUUCCCUACCACAGGAGCUGGCACAGAUCUACGUUCCAAUUAUCUUCUUAAUACUACAAUUGCCGGUGUGGAAGAGACAGAUGUUGUCCUCCUGGUUGGUACAAAUCCACGUUUUGAGGCACCACUAUUUAAUGCUAGAAUUCGAAAGAGUUGGCUCCACAAUGACUUAAAAGUGGCCCUUAUAGGCAGCCCUGUUGAUCUCACUUACAGCUACGACCAUCUGGGAGAUUCUCCCAAAAUUCUUCAAGACAUUGCUUCGGGCAGCCAUCCUUUCAGCCAGGUCCUAAAGGAAGCUAAAAAACCAAUGGUGGUUUUAGGCAGUUCUGCACUCCAAAGAAAUGAUGGGGCAGCAAUUCUUGCAGCUGUUUCCAACAUUGCUCAAAAGAUUCGGAUGAGUAGUGGUGUUACUGGUGAUUGGAAAGUUAUGAAUAUCCUUCAUAGGAUUGCAAGCCAAGUGGCUGCUUUGGACCUUGGCUAUAAACCUGGGGUGGAAGCAAUUCGGAAGAACCCUCCCAAAGUGCUGUUUCUUCUGGGAGCAGAUGGAGGUUGUAUUACUCGACAGGAUUUGCCAAAGGAUUGUUUCAUUAUUUAUCAAGGACAUCAUGGUGAUGUUGGAGCUCCUAUAGCGGAUGUUAUUCUCCCCGGCGCUGCUUACACAGAGAAGUCUGCUACUUAUGUCAAUACUGAGGGCCGAGCUCAGCAGACUAAAGUAGCAGUGACACCUCCUGGCUUGGCAAGAGAAGACUGGAAAAUUAUAAGAGCACUUUCUGAGAUUGCAGGUAUGACUCUUCCAUAUGAUACUCUGGAUCAAGUAAGGAACAGAUUGGAAGAAGUCUCUCCUAAUCUUGUUCGAUAUGAUGAUGUCGAAGGAGCUAAUUAUUUCCAGCAAGCAAAUGAGCUUUCCAAGCUCGUGAACCAACACCUUCUUGCUGAUCCACUUGUUCCACCUCAGCUAACAAUAAAAGACUUCUACAUGACAGAUUCAAUUAGCAGAGCCUCACAGACAAUGGCUAAAUGUGUCAAAGCUGUCACAGAGGGUGCCCAUGCAGUAGAGGAACCAUCCAUAUGCUGAAACAUCUACUAGCACCCAGUUAGUUAAAGGACAGUUAUGUUGGCAUAAUCUCUUAGAGGUGUAUCUCUCUAAAAAAUAAUCUAAAUGAUGUACUAUUUAAGGUUCUACCAUGAUUUAUUUGAAAACGAUAUUGCAAUUGUCAAAGAACUUUGAGGUUUCCAAACAUUUAUGUAUUGCGUGUAAAUGUUAAAUAGUUUAAUAAACAUGUAUAGAUGCCCUUUCAUGUAAAAGCACUGAUAAUCUUUGUGACAUAAAAAAGAAAAUCCUUAAAAUACGAAUUUUUGUUUAUCUUCAUUGAUCACUUAGUUUGUAAAAUGGAUGAAAUAAUAGCUCCAUUAGGACCUAUUUUUUUCUAGUGCUAAAGAAAAGAUUUAAGUAUUCUGUGAAGCUGGGUAAAUAGAAAAUAUAUAUAAUAUAAUCAUACAUCAGAUGUAUACUUGGACAGCGCUAAUAAUAAUCAUAAUAAUGAAGGCUAAUGAUUAUUCAGGAUUUUCUACAUACUAAGCACUCUGGCUUUACAUACAUUAUAUUGUUUUGUCCUUUUACUUCCCUGUCAGCCAGUAUUAUCUCAUUUUACAGGUGAAGAAGCUAAAGCCCAUGGAUAUUGGGUAGCUUGCCCAAGGCCACAGCAAAAGAGUCAUAGAAUCAAGCCUGGUUCUCUGACUUCAAAGCCCAUUGUUCUUAACUGCUGCACAUAAUUUCCUCCCAUUAGUACAGAUUCCAUAGGUUGUUACGUCUAAGAAUCAGUAUUGAGAAGCUUAAUGGAUAACACAUUUUUCUGUUUUCUUUUGAAUCUGUUUAUAUAAUGUCAUGGUGAUUUAUGGGAUAUUUUUCUUUGUAUAAUAGAUUGCACACACAUACACCCUUGGAAUGAGGGAGGUUUCAAGAGACAUAAUUUAGGUCCUCAUUGAUGUUCCAUAUUUAUUAUAUUAACACCAUCUGUAGUAUUAAGUCAACUAAAUUAUUCCAGUAAUAAAAGGCAAAACUAACAGCUCUCAUAAUUUUCUAUUGUCAAAAAAAAUUAAAAAUUUACAAUUAAUCUAGGAGAUAAUCUAAUGCUAUAUUAAUUUGUUUUCAAAAUCUAUGUUCAGAAUCCUUUGUUUUGUAAUCCUUAUUCCUUUUUGCUUUCAUCAAAGACUUAGCCCAACUAUAGGUUGCGAUUUUACUGAUAUAACAGAGGAUAAAAAUUUUAGACUAUAGUAUGUCACCAGUACUUUAUCUUCAAAAAUUGUACAAAAUUUGUCACCUGUAACAGUUUUUUCAGAAUUAUUUUAUUCACUUCAGUCAUGAAGUUGUAUACUUUGCUUAAAGUACUUUGCUUAAAAUUCUCAGUUGCCUGAAAUUGUAUAAAUUGUAUAAAUUCUUGGUGAAAGUCUUUGAAUUUAAUACAAACUUCUUAUCUCUCUCUACCUUCUUUAUCCCUUAGCACUGUUGCUGACCUCAAGGGGGCAAACACUUUCAGUUUUGUGUUUUGCACAGUACUCUUCAAUGAAUGAGUGUAGACUUCAUAGGAUUCUUGGUGAGGGAAUAUUGCAUUCAAAUGGAGAAAAGGUGAUAUAUAACUAAGAUGGUCCAGGAUCCUAGGACUGCCAUCUAGGCAGCAUGUGUUGAACUUGGAAUUCUGUAAAGAAUACCUUGUUUGGGCUAAGUAGUACUCAAUAAAAUUCGUUGGUUUUUACAUAAAGUAAACAUGAAAGUCUGUCCCAUGGGUGCCUAUUAGUCACCUAACGCUAAAUAUUAAGGUUAUUGUGACCAUAAACAUUGAAGAUGGUUGCAAGACUUUCUGAAGAAGAGACCCAGAUAGAAGAAAAAUACAUAUAGAUGGGAAGAAUAACAGCUGAUGUAAUUUUGACUGUAAGCAACAAGGGAGUCAACAAUGAGAAAUCUACAAAGGAUCAAGGCCAAGUCCUUUUAGGUGAAGACGGCAAUCUGGAAGACCCUGGAAUAAUAAAUAAUACCAUUUAGAAAAGAUAUUCUAAUACGUGCCAUUAAAGCUUUAAGUACAUUGUGUCUAAUUUUCACAAAACCCUGCUAACAAUUGGUAUUAAGACCCAAGAAGUAUCAAAUAACUUGCCCAUUGUUACCCAGUUAAAGACUAAAGGCAAGAAUGUUUAAUUAGAGAUAUUUUUUACUGUCCCAUUUUGCCUCAAAAAACCUUGUGGACCACUAUAAGAAUUGAAUAUAUAUAUACAGGAAAAAUUUUAAAGCCUAAACUUCAUACAGAAUGCCCCCCAAAUUUAUUGUGAAUUGUAUUAUAAUGAAUACAUCAAUAAAAAGUAUUAUACCUUGUUAACAAUACUCAGUAUACAUUAAUUUAUUAUUGUUUGGUGCUGAGUUGUUUAAACACUGUUUCUUGCCAGGUCAGAUCUUGUUCAACUUUGGAAAUAUUACUUGGAAAAAUUUAACUAUUUCUUCAUCUGUAAAAUGAGGAUAAAUGUUCUAAUAAUUGUACCUACCUCCAACCUUAUAGGGUUGUUAUGAGGAGCAAGUCAGAAAGCCUCUAAAACUUGCUUGGCCUAUUUCCUGACACAGUGAAUGCUCAAUGUGCUUAGGGACUGAGAACCAUCAUUAUAGGAAAAUGUGUGUUCAGAACUUUGCGGGAUGUUUCAGGAGGUUGCAACUAACCAUCCAUGGGAGCCCUUGAAGUCCCCCUUCUAAGUGAAUUGAGUACAAAACUCAAUUCCAUUGAUUGUGAGGGAAAGUCAUGCCUAAUAUAACCUCUAGCUUCUGUUUUCCUAAAGAAAUGUAUUUCUUUCCUAAGACUGGAGAAUUAAAUGACUUGUCCAAGGUCAACCUAAGUAACAGAAUACUGCUACUACAAACUGUCCAGCAGGAUUGUGAAGAUUAAUUUAUUAUUGCAGAGCUCUGCAUAUUUUGAUGGAAUUUUUACUAGUCACAGUAAGAUUUACUGAGUCUGUUGGAUUCUAACCCUUAAAAAAGACUACUUCUGAAAGCAAAACCAAAAAGCAAUGCAAUCAGAAGAGGGAAAACUAUAUGCUGGUGAUAGAAAGGGUACUGAAGGAGGGUAAGAGCUAUUGAUGUGCAUAAAAGGGGACAGGUGAAUUCUUUUGCCAACAUGAAGCUUUGGCUAAUAUAAACUGUCAGCUUUAUUGUUGCCGGAACAAAUUACCCCACCACGAUUCAAGCUCCCACAGGGAGAAGAACUAAAGCAGCUUAGCAACAAAAGCAGUGGUAAGAGGUGGGUUUUUUUUUAAUGUUAACAAUGUCAUUCAUGACCACUGUUAAAAUGUCACUAGCAAAGUGAUUACAAACCCCUGUUACCAAAGGCCCAGUGUGGCUGGGGAAUAGUUCAAGCAGAAAUAAAUGACACGCAUGAGUAUGACAAUUUUUUAGACAUUUUGUAAGGUUAAUCCUACCUUAGCAUAGCUAGACCUUAGGUUUGUGAUUGACCCAACUUUUGGAAACAAGUACAUGUGAAAAAAAUGAACCUUGAUAAAGACAUUUUGGAACCAAAAAAGUAUGUGUGUAUACAUAAUGGCCACCUUUUAUAAAAAGAUAAAGAAAACAGUAAUCCCCAAAUAAUUUUCUAAUAACCAGUAUUUUAAAAUGUCUUAACAGUUGCACAGUAUGUUGCUUAUUUCAUUUAGCCCAAGAGACAAGAAUGUUAAUGAGAAAUUUGAUUAGACCUCAGAUCUAGAUUGUAAGAGAACAGAGAUCUCAGAGCCAAAUACCCUUGUGCUUAAAGUGUUUUAUGGUUUUUAUUACUGAAAAAUUUUAAAGAUUAAAGACUUACCUAUGACUGAUAUUCAAA